AUGACUAUAGCGGGAAGUUACGAGUUCGUUUUUGCACUCACUGUUAAAGGAGAGCUGCGCUAUUUGGAGGCAGACCUCCCACAGUGGAGGAGGUCGGAUGUUUCGCCCUGUUUCAUCCUUCUGGAAGGCAACACACCUGAAUGGAAGACGGUCUUCGAGGAUUACAAAAUCCAAGAUAUCGCGUCCUGUUCGGGAAACGUUGCUGUCAUUGAAUUGGCAAAUAAUACACGUUUUGCGCUUUCUUACUGUCGAAAAUGGAACCCAAACAGUCCUCCAUUUCCAAUUAUUACGUUACCAAGUGGUGCCUCAUUGGAUGAACUUUUUGCUAAAUGUGCUGGUAAAAGUUUCCGGACUAUUUCGGCUGAAAUUGAACCACCCCCACCCGCGCCACGCAGAGUGAGUGAUGACAUUUGCAACUUGUGGGAGAACAAGAAACAUGCGGACGUUGCAUUUUCCGUGGAGGGGAAAGUCAUCACGGCGCACAAAUGUAUUCUUGCCGAGAGAAGUGAAUAUUUCGAAAGAAUGUUCAGCCACGAGUGGAACGAGACUAAGGAAGGAUCAUCAUCUGUGAUUGAGAUCAAGGACACGAAGCAUGCCAUAUUUGAAGCACUGAUCUACUACAUUUACAGUGACAAGGUCAAAUUCCAGGAGGACGAGUAUCAAAACGUUUUUGACCUGAUGCAAUUAGCCGACUUUUAUUGCCAAGUCAAUAUUCGUGACGAAUGUGAGAAAAUUCUAAUCAGCAACAUCAACAUGGAAAACGCAUUUUUCCUCGUUCGAAACGCUUCUCCGGCGAACGCUUCAACCUUGGAGGGGAAAGUGAUCAAAUUUAUUGUGGACAAUAAACUCCUCAUGGAUAAUUUGUCGCCUGAGGGGAUGAUCGACUUGGUGGGGAUGGACGCCUUCCAAAAAAUCUCGAUCGCCUUACUUCCGGAAUUUUAA